AUGUCUAUUCAGCCCGCCGAGGCGAAAGCUGCCCAGCAGUGGGAGGAGGCCGUGGACCAUGCGGUAGCCGUCUCUCUUGCACAGUCGUAUGUGCCUGGCUGUCCCGAAGAGAAGAGACUGCUUCGGAAACUGGAUUUUCGGAUCAUCCCGUGCUGCUGGCUUCUCUUUGUCCUGGGAUAUCUAGAUCGUGCAAACGUUGGGUUGGUCUUCACUGGUAUUGCUCAUUGGAUGUUGCUGAACGGGGUUGAUGGUAGAAAUGCAAAAACCGGUGGCCUCGCCAAUGAAUUUAAUUUGACUUCGAAUCAGUACUCAGUAAUCUUACUGCUUUUCUUCGUCUCAUAUAUUCUUUUCGAAGUCCCAUCGAACAUGGUCAUUGCUCGAGUGCGACCAUCACUCUACCUAUGUGGUCUUGCUAUAUUAUGGGGCGUUAUCGCCGCGCUGAUGGCCGUGACACAGAAUUGGAAGCAACUCGCUGGAGUGCGACUAGUUCUCGGCUUUAUCGAGUCUGGGUUUGCACCUGGAAUUGCGUUUUACCUUUCAUCUUGGUAUAAAAGAUACGAACUUGCUAGCCGCUUCGCAGUGUACUACACUGCUAUAGCUGUAGCGGGAGGGUUGUCGGGCUUACUGGCAGGGGUCAUUACGCAAUACUUGGACGGGGCUCGAGGUAUCGCUGGAUGGCGUUGGCUUUUUAUUAUUGAGGGAUGUGGAUCUUCCUUCGUGGGAUGUGUCCUCUGGUUUUUUAUGGCCGACUAUCCGUCAAACACGCGAUGGCUAACACCGGAAGAACAACUACUCGCCGCACAGCGCUUAGCAUACGAUGGAUUGGGAAACACACAGGGCGCCCAUGGGCGAAUAACUGAGAAACAGGCCCUCAAAAUGGUGGUGUCGGACUGGCGGACCUGGAUUUUGGCCUUGCUGUAUGCUUUGGUUACAGGGGCACAGACAAUUCAGUAUUUUAUUCCCACACUCGUAAAAAGCUUUGGUUGGGAGAGUUGGGAAGGGCAAUACCAUACUAUUCCGCCUUAUGCCUGUGCUGUAGUCUGCAUACUAGGAAUGUGUUUUGUUGCCGACCACUUUGAAAGCAAGGCUUAUUUUGUUUCUCUCUUUGCUGCUAUUGGCGCAGUAUUUUUCAUCAUUGUCUGCGCCAGUACGAAUAAUACCGUCCGCUAUAUCUUCAAUAUUUUCGCAUUCGGAUGUAUCUAUGGAACAUCACCCCUGGUUCUGAUGUGGGUAGCUAAUAUCAUUUGCUACCCUGCCGAAAAACGGGCUGUAGCUAUAGGGCUUGUUAAUGCUCUUGGUAAUACUGCAUCUAUCUACGGCGUUUUCCUGUGGCCUGAUCACGACGCUCCACGGUAUAUCCCUGGAUUUAGUGCAACUACUGUUUGGAUGGGAGCCAUUGGUAUAAUCGCCCUCAUUGCAGGAUACCUAUUCAGAAAUAAUCCGAUAGAUGCGCCAGAACCAGAAGAAGUGCUAACGGCAGAAAUCCGCAGACAACGUGAGAGGAAUGAGAUUCCAGCCAAGAUGUAA